GACCACUAGUGUUCAAAGAGGGUAGCUGAGAGUUUCUCUUCAAAUCGGAAACGAAGGCUAAAUGGGGCCGAAGAAUUGGAUCAAUCUUCUCCGUCGAUCCAGUCGCCGUGAACAUAAUCCGACGGCCGACACGCCGAACGGUGGCGCUUAUUCUUUCAAAAGAUGUCACUACCAUGACGCGCUAAAUUCUCUUGCUACGCAAUUCCCCGUCUUCUUCAUGUGCUUGUGCCUAUUUAAAGCCUUACUCACCGAAACGAGAGAAACCCAUUUGAAAUUGCUUGAAAUUUCAUUCAUAGAACGAGAGAGCCAUGAGUUCUGAUCUCGAAUCGCUCUCGGAGGCUACUUCCGGUGCGAUCGGUUCGCUCGUUAGCACCACCAUCUUGUACCCGCUUGAUACCUGCAAGUCCAAGUACCAAGCCGAGGUUCAAGCCCAUGGCCAACAGAAAUACAGGUAUCUUUCAGAUGUGUUGUGGGAAGCGAUAAAAUCGAAUCAAGUUCUUUCGCUGUACCAGGGACUGGGAACCAAGAAUCUACAAUCUUUUGUUUCUCAGUUUUUGUACUUCUAUGGGUAUAGCUACUUCAAAAGACUAUAUCUGGCAAAAACUGGGGCUAAAUCAAUUGGAACAAAAGCAAACCUCUUACUCGCUGCUGCUGCGGGAGCUUGCAAUGCCAUUUUAACUCAGCCCUUGGAUACAGCCUCCUCACGAAUGCAGACUAGUGCUUUCGGAAAAUCGAAAGGGCUUUUCCAGACCCUGACAGAGGGCAGUUGGAGUGAUGCAUUUGAUGGUCUUGGAAUUUCAUUGCUGCUGACUUCAAACCCUGCCAUUCAGUACACAGUAUUUGAUCAGCUAAAGCAGAACAUCCUCAAAGGAAAACAGAACAAAGCAGAAAAAGGUUCAUCUCCAGUUGUCCUUUCUGCUUUUACAGCUUUUGUAAUAGGUGCAAUUUCAAAAAGCAUUGCCACCCUUUUGACAUAUCCUGCAAUCAGGUGUAAGGUGAUGAUCCAAGCUGCACAUGACAACGAAACGAAAGAACAUCGUCCAAACGUCCGCCGAACAGUUCCGGGUGUUGUCCGUUCUAUAUGGAGAAAAGAAGGGAUACUAGGAUUUUUCAAGGGAUUGCAAGCACAGAUCUUGAAAACGGUACUUAGUUCAGCUCUGCUUUUGAUGAUAAAAGAGAAGAUCACUUCAAGUACAUGGGUUUUAAUACUUGCAACCAGAAGGUAUCUAUUUCUUACUAAGCCUAGACUAAAGAGUAGCUGAAGGUGUCAAUAAAGGCCAAAAACCUGUGAUAAAGAAGGAGAAGAAGCAAUAACAUGGAAACAAUGCAAUCUUGUUGGUUAGAAAUUAAUAUAUCCUCUGUGGAGAGUUCCAUAUUUUAGGUUGAAAUGCAGGAUUUUUUGUUAGAGGGUUCUGGUCAAUAAUAGCAUGACCAUAGGUAAUGCCAUAAAUUUUGUACUCAAUUACUCUUUGUAAAAUAGUUUGUAACCCUACCAUUUCAACAAUCAACAAUCAAGCUCUUAUUAAUAGACUUGAUCAUGUGCAA